GACGAGGGCGCAGACGCCUCGAACACUGCGCAACCUGAAAGCGUGGGAAUCUCGGACCACGCCCCACUGCUGGACACGGGCCAGCUCACAGCGAGUCCUGAUAUUAUAUCAAGUUUUGCAACGUUUGCACAACUCGUCAACGAUGAACUCGUUCUCUCGCUCCCGCACGCGGCUUCCACGGGAAAUGACGUCAAUUUCCGAGGCGAGCCAGCCCCGGUUCAGCGGUUAUCCAGUCAUAGAGCUCGACCCUCUUCAGCAGCUCGGGGAGCCCUCCCCACCUCGGCUCUGCUCUGCUAG